CUCUGGAUUUUGCGCGGCGCCGCGGGCAGCGCUGCUGGCGAGCGCUACAUAGAUGCUGCCGACGACUAAUCAAUUAAUCCGAAGGCCUGGGACCACGCCUCGCGACGGCUGGGCAUGGCUGCCCGCAGCGUGAGUAAAGUAGCUCCAGAAGAAAAGGAUGUGGAGGCCGAGGAGACAAAGGCAGCGCCGCCGCGCGACCAAGAGAUCACGAAUCGCACGCCCGCGAAGACGCCUGACGAAGACACGAUACGUGCGACGCUGCACCGCCUCGCGACGCGCGAGCCGCACAGCCUCCACCAGACCACGAUUUACUACGGACUUGUUCGGGAGGACACGCCGCCGCGGCGCAAGUACGGGCUCCUAACUAUAUCGAUCGGAAUUGUAUUCCUGCAGUGCUUCGUCACCAGUGGAUUCGCCAUCGGGGUUAACUUAAGCACGUGCAGCGAACAACAGCGCAUAAUCACCUUUUGCCGCCCAACUCACUGGUUGAAUGCACAGGCGAAAACUCAGAUUGCCCCCGCGGUAAUUUCUGCGAUGAGGGGCUGUGCGAAUGGUGCGAAAGUGAGUGGGAGCACUGUUGCGAUGCCGACUCGACCGAAAAAUGCUACUGGGACGAAAAAGGGAGCCAGAAUAUGUGCGCCACGUGCACGACGGAUAAAGGCUUCGAGCACUAUGGGGACGCUGUGAGGGAUCGAGUCGACUCGAUGAUGAUUCAAGAUUGGCUCACCCUCGGCCUGGCUUCGCUGGUCGUCGCAUUCGCCGUGUUUGCAGAGAUACGUGAUGCUAUGUUGUGCGAGAUCGCCUUGCGAGAUGUAUCAGAGCGACGAGAAGUCAGCAGCGGCUGGCGCUUCGCCAUACGUGGCCUGAACUUUGCGCGGUAUUAUAUAAUGCUUCCAAACGUAAUCUUGUCAGUCGUGGCGCUUGUACUGAAUGACGGCGGUCGAGUGAAGGACGUGUGCCUGAACACCGUGGCGGUUGUUUUUUUGUUAGAUAUCGAUGACCUCGCAUUUCGACACGGUCUCGACGAACGCACGCGCAAAGAGGCAGAAGAAAAUGCAAGAGUGCGUGUCACGGACGCCGACGAACGAAUCCUAAACGCCGUCAAACUCGUCUGCGUCCUCGCGAUUCCUGGCACGGUGUUCGUUGGCGUCUCUGGUACCUACGUGGCUCAGGGAUGGCCCGAAUCACUUGGAAUCAUUUUUGCCCCCGUCCCGCCCAUAGUCGUGAGGUUCCUGCAGCGUGCGAAAGCGGGCCGGAGUAAGUGCGGCGGGCUCGGCUGGGGAAUGGCCGGUUUUUUUGCGUAUCUCAUCUGGUACACUCUGAUGCUCAAUUUGAUAUACAUCGUGGGGCAGGGAUCGAAUACAUUUGAAGAUGAUUAGCCAAAAAAGACCCGCCAGUGCUGUCGCAUCGAUCGACCGAGAUAUCGACCGGGCACCCUCCGUGGCGCCCCAUACUAGAACCUAAGUUUAC